AUGGGUGGUGCAGGAUGGCUCUUUCUCUUUGCGGUGCUGAUGGCUGCGGGGUUGUUGUUCACGAUGGUUUUCUUCAUCAUCAUGUUCUCUGAUCUGGAAUGCGACUAUAUCAAUCCUAUAGAUCUUUGUAACAAACUCAACCAAUUCGUACUCCCUGAAAACUCCGCACACGCAUUCCUCACGCUAUUAUUCCUGCUCUCGGGACAAUGGAUGGCCUUCCUUCUCAACGCACCUCUCCUCGCGUUCAACGCCAACAAGAUUCGAAACAAGAACCACAUGUAUGACGCGACGGAAAUCUUUCGGACACUAUCAGGUCAUAAGAAAGAAAGCUUCAUCAAGCUUGGAUUCUACCUUCUUUCCUUCUUUUACUACCUCUACCGGAUGAUUGUUGCGCUCAUCUCAGAGAGCGAAUGA